AUCCUCGCUAGUAACGACACAUGUUAAAAAGGAAUAAAUUGUAACGUGUGGUUGACCGAUGAAACAUCACGGGCGCCGGGGUAUUUUCGGCCGAUCGGCCCGGACACAUACCAUAAACAACUACUGACGCCAGGACCACAUGCUUUUGACAACAGCGAGUCAUGGGACCCCGUCUGCACCCUUAAAACGGAGCAGCAACACCGGCACCUUUAUACUAAUCGCCGCUACAAUGUAUGAAUCUUUUUCUGGUGGCGUAAAAAUAUUUCCAGCUGUGACGCCUGUUGAUGACACAACUGACGAAAUAACACCAGAUCCCGACUCCUUGGGGUGGAUCUUCAUGCCCCCAGGUCACCACAUAUAAGAAGGCGUGGGCUGGAGCAGCUCACCCUUCGGAAAUCUUCUAGAAUUUUCCCCGGGUUAGAGGCUGAUCGAAGCGCUUUUAGACUCAGAUCCGAUUCAGGGAAGUGUGGACCUGCACCGACUGUCAGAAGUCCGAAAGCGUCGUCAGGAGACAGAAGAGAAAGCUGCAUUUGGAGCGCUGACCGUCGAGAGACGCCCUCUAGCUGUUGGAAAAGCACAAGGUAUCCAGCUGGCAAACACAGUUGCCAUGGACCUGCAUUGCUGUGUGGAGCGCCGAGGGCCGUGCUGGGUGCAGGAGACACCCGAGGGGCUGGACAGCUUCGACGCUGAGUGUAAGGAGUGGGAGAGAGAGCUGAGGGACAUGCAGAGGAACAUCGAGGAGCUAUACAAUGAGGUCAAAGCCCGCCGCAAGGAGACAGAGACUGGACCGGAACAAAAGUCAGAUCCUACCAUCCUUAAUGGCAGCCUGCAUUCCACAGUCUCCACCUUUAAUCAUCAUGGCAGUGGCCUCACUGUUUACCAACAUAACCAUGGAAACCACGACUCCCUCCUUCACUGUAGUAACGGCACCGGUCACCCUCCCUAUCUUCUUAACGACAGCGACAGAGAUAAGCCAGCUGGCUACACCAAUAAUGGCAACAGUGUCCUGUUUAGUGACCAUAGCAAUGGCUGGGACAGUCAUGUUGAUUGUAGUAACUAUGAUUUUGGUAGUCCUGUAAUUUGCAACGGCAAUGGGUGCAGUUUCCCAAGAAAACACAAUGGUGAUGAUGGGCAGGAGCAUGCUAUGAGGGAACUGGAAGAAAUGCUUCACUGCUGUCUGGGACAAACAGCUGAACGUCCUGCAAAUCCCAGCAUCUCAUCCUGCAACCUCCAGAGCAUCCAACCCGACUGCAAGUACGAGAAUAAAAAAAACACGUCGUUCAACUCAGGGCGGGAUGAGAUCGGCAGAGAUAAUGAACAGGUCCACAGCUACCAGAAUGAGAGACGCAACAUUUCUGAAGAUACAAGCCUCAAGAAAGAAACUUUGUCAAAAAUGGGCAAAGCAGGAGCUGAAGAAGAAAAUAACAGGAGGAAUAAAAUGUCUUUACCAGGUGGCCAGUGGUACGAUAUGUCAGGCUUCCCUGACAAGAUGAAGGCCACUCACCCUUAUGCCAAUUUUUGGUACCCAGACAGCUCAGAAACUCAACUUCCUGUUCCACAGUCCAGCCCUGACAGAAAGCCUGUUGGUCCAUGUUCAUUCCUAGGACAGAAAUGUGUCAGCCCCUCGGUGCUCAGGAAAUUUGGAGAGAUGCUAAAAGAAAAUGAAGGGAAGACUCUGUUGGACUCCGGUCAUGUCACCACCGUCAUGGCUGCCAAAGACGGAGCCUGGCGCUCUCCUGGCAAGUUACAAAUGUCGGUCCAGAAAAGCAAUUCAGACACUGGAUUUCAAAGGCAUUCUAACGUUAUCAGUUCGAAGUGCCCCAGGGGGCAAUUACAGCUGUCUGGCCAUAAAGGAGACCAGAUGAAUGGCAAGGGCCCCACUAUCACCACGACAAGCACUAAAAUCCAAAGCCCUCAGAGAAACAGGACUGUGAUGGGGAAAAAGGUAGAAUUUACUGGGAGUUUCGUCAAGGGCCCCAUAUUUGAGGGGGGACGUUUGGAACAGCAGAGACCUUCCCACACCCAGCGGACAAUGGAGGAAGCCAUGAAGAGCUGGGGGAAUUCCGGGAGGUCCUGGCAACCCGGGGACUGUGGUCUCUACCAGAAUGGCUCGUCCGUGCUUCCCCUGGACCAGAUUGACGACAUCAUCAAGCUGGUAGACAUGCUGCAACUUCAGAAUCAGUCCAGCUGCUGUAAAAAUGAUUGGAGGUCAAAAGUUGCAAAGGACACAAUGGAGGAGACCACCGUGUCCACCACAGCACCCUUCUCCCGUCCUGCCCGUCCAAUGAACCAGCGCCCACCGUCCCGCUGGGCAGGUCGUGGCGCCGUGACCGGAUCCACCUUAGGCUCCAGCCCUCCCGGAAGGAAGCAGACCUCUCGCUCUUUCUCGCGCCAAACCGAGACAGUCAUCAUGUGACGCGUGGAAGAGACUGCAUGUCCCCUCUGUAAAUAAGCAGGGCUGGUAUUUCUGCAGUGGUGGGAAGCGCUUCAGCCAUGGACUAAAUACGCACUCAACGUAUUUUAAGACCGGAUCGCGCGGCGUAAAGGAAAUGCUAUAUGCCUUCAUAGAAAUUCCAGUGGUUUCCCCGGCCUCCUCUAUUUCUGUGCCAGACUUGAGUACAUUCAUCCCCUGUUUGAUUCUUCCACUGCUUCAGUGAUCGCUGUAUUAUAAGCUGCCUGAAUUCCAUGCCGGACUACGUUGGGCAUUUGUGUCCAGUCGGAUCACAUGACACAUAGGUCAUACAGAUACACAAAAAUAAAAGGACAAUUCCGUUUUUAAUACAAAAUUUAAUGUGUACCUAUGAGCCGGCUUUUUUAUUGUGAAACUGAAACGAGUGUUUGGUUUUGUUCCAUUUUUAAUAAAUUGAAAUCCUAUGAGCAAUUCACUUAUUAAAAUUUUUAAAUAUAUAAUCAAACA